AUGGCACUUUACAAAUACGCAGUGGAUGGAUCAGUCACAGCUAGAUUGACUGCACGACGAGACAUGGAGACUACCCUAAAGAAAAUCGUUGUCGUUCCAAUCCGCCCCUUCCGCCCCGCUCCGCUCCCCGCUACUCGAGUAGUGCUGGCCCUAAAUCCAGUAGCUCCAUCACAUGACCACACAAUCGGUUCGCAAACCCACCGGCAUCAAAAAUCCGACCUCGAACUUUUCCUCCCCCUCCCACGACCAUCGACAACAUCUUCGACAAAAAUCAAGAUGGCACCAACAGCACCCAAGGAGCGUAGCGGCCUGAUCGUCGGCCUCAACAAGGGACACAAAACCGAGGCGCGAGUCGUCAAGCCCAGAGUCAGCCGGACCAAGGGACACCUCAGCAAGAAGACUGAGUUCGUGAGGGAGAUUGUCAAGGAGGUUUCUGGACUCGCACCAUACGAGCGUCGUGUCAUCGAACUCCUCCGCAACAGCAAGGAUAAGCGUGCGCGUAAGCUCGCGAAGAAGAGGCUCGGUACUUUCGGUCGUGCCAAGGCGAAGGUUGAUGAGCUACAGCGUGUCAUUGCCGAUUCCAGACGGGCUGGCCACUAG